AUGGUUGGCGAGCGCGGGAAAAUUCAGAUCCUUUUGGCGCCACAUAAUCCCAGAUCUCUUAAGAUCGGCAUGGAAGGCUUAUCGGCCAUUUGCGCCGGUAUCGGAACUGUCGAAGAGGAUGAUAAUGGCAAUCGGAUCGGCUACACCAAGGGCGAGUAUUGUUUAGAUAAUUUGAAAGAUUUGUUGAGGUUUCUGAGGCGGGAUGAUCCACAGUCCAGAGAAGUGUUCAAGCAAGUUUGCAAAUGGAAUAUUGUCGGCAAGGAUUUGAUACCUAUCAUCGAACACUGCCAGGACGAUCGUAAUUUGGUGCUGAAUGCAGUGAAGGUUUUAGUAUUCCUGACUAUGCCUGUUGAGCCCACAUCCAAUGACAUAGCCCAACAAAUAGAGUAUCUUUGGGCCUUGAAGUCUUCAAUUACAUGCAGUGACACCGUUCCAGUGAUUGUCUCACUUCUAGAGAGUCCACUGGAAAAUUUAGAGCGUGAGGCAUUUACAGAGGAUAACUGGAAAUUAGUCCAGCUGGUGCUUACUUUAUUUCGCAACAUUCUUGCUGUCCAAGACAUACCUGUGCAUCAGCAGGCUGGGGGAUCUGCCACACAAUUCUUAUCCCUCAGAGAUCAGUUUCUAGAACUAAUGUUCCGUGAGAAUGUAAUGGAUUUGAUAUUAGUUCUGACACAGCAUAUUGGCGGUUCUUUUGGCUAUCUCCGUCAAGACAACUUGCUUUUACUGGAAACAUUUCAUUACAUAUUUAUGGGCCAAGAGCCAGAGUUUAUUGCCAAAGCAAAUUACAAGGGCUUGAAGGUGGAUGGGGAUGCCAAAACUUCCAUCAACAGUCUUAGGUCCAUUAUGGAGCAAGAAGAAGAAAAGAGAAAGCUCAUCAGAAUGCGUAAUCUGGGUUUUCACACACAAUUUAGGGGAACAUUUACUUGGGUAACCAUGGAUGGUUCUAAAACAUUAUUUAAGGGAAACCCUUGUUCUGCUUCUCGUGAUGCACUUUUCAAGUGUCAAACGGUCCAUCGAGGCCCAUUGAAGAGAACAGUGUGGGACUAUGGAAAAUUACCAUCAACAAAGGACAAUAUUCUCGAACUGCUCCAUGGUUUUGUUAAUCAACUUCUCUCAGGGGGUUAUAAUGUAUUAAUGCAGUCCAUUCGCGAGGACAUUGAAAAGGAACAUCAUAUAAUCCAGAACAGCGACAUUGUUAUUUUUUUUCAGGUUGCUCAAUUUGUUACAUCCUUUCAGUAUUACAAAUCCUUGUUCCUUAAGCCUAACCAAGAAGAUGACCCAGUUGAAGCUUCUGUCAAUCAUCAUGCUGAUAACACAUUGUUUAAAGGCAACAUAUGUGGACCAAUUGCUGCAUCAAUGAAUGAAUCAAUGUUUCUAUUAGUCGUUUCAAAGUGGCGUUAUGCAUAUGAAAGCUUGAAGGAGACAAGUGACUAUAAAUUUGUAUCUGCAGCAGAGUCUCUUAUGAAAAUCAUGAUUCGCAUGUUGGAUUUAGUGCUAAAGGUAUCUCCAGAAGAUUGUAAAGAGCCCCAAACAGCUCGUAUCCUUCUUUACAAGUUAUUUUAUGAUCAAACAGAAGAAGGCAUGACUCAGUUCCUUUUGAAUCAGAUCAAAUCAUUUGAUACUCACAAACAAGCCAAAAGUGAUCUUGCUGACUUGGUAGAAACGGUGCAUGUAGUUAUAAGGCUUAUGGAGAACCUUCAAGCUCGCGGCACAUUAAGGGUUUCUCGAAAGUCAAGGAAGAAGAGGUCAAAGAAAAUGUUGCAUGAGAAGGCUGAUAACAUUGAUCAACCAGAUGCAGAUCAUGCCUCCAUCCAAAAAGAUAUUGGUAGCUCUGGUUGUGAACAGUUUGCACAUUCAAACAUGUUGACUAGUGAGAAGCUAACGAAUCAAAGUUCUGAUGCAAAAAGAGAGGACAUCUCAAUACCUGUCCAAGUUGACAAUCCUGAAGCAUAUGAGCUAGAAACGCAUGAUCAUGAAAGCAAUUUGCCUGAGAUGAAAAAUAGGUCUGAUCAAAAUUGUAAUGAUCUUUCUGAUGGAAUUGGUGAUUCUUCCAGUGAUGAGCAGUUGGCUGCAACUGAUGAAGUCGAUUUUAAGGUAUCUACUUUGGUUUCUGCACUUGCAAACAAUUCAAUUAUUCAAAAAUUAUGUUGGCUGCUGAAGUUUUACAAGAGCAACUCUGUAAGUGCAAACCACUAUAUUAUAUGCAUGUUGCGUAGAAUUUGUGAUGAUCUGGAGCUUUCGCCAAUGCUAUAUCAGUUAUCACUUCUAAAUACAUUCUACAAUAUCCUGGAUGAGCAGAAGUCAAGUCCAUGCAAGGAAUAUGAGAAUAUAGUUUCAUUUCUGACAACCUUGGUUAGGAGAAUGCUCAGGAAAAUGAAGAGUCAACCUCUUCUUUUUGUGGAAGUGCUUUUCUGGAAGACACGUAAAGAAUGCCACUAUAUCAACUGUGAAUCUUUAUUACAUGAAGUUGGAAACUUGAAGAGGGAAAGUAAAAGGUGGGAAAGUGUCUCUAAAGAUGGAGAAAUUGGCUCAACCCAAGGGAAAGGAUGGGCCCAUAGAAAUAUAGCAGAUGCGCUUGGCGAUGAUGAAGCCGACUUUGUUCUCUCGCAUGAAAAGAUAGACACAGAGAACCCUGUUGCUGAAGACCUCAGUUCAGAUGGAAAAGUUUCACAAGUUCAGCAUACCAAAAAGCUUAGAAAGCUUGGACCAAAAGUCCUGUCAAUUAAAAGGAUGCUUCAAGCUGGAUGCUCUAAUCAAAGUGGGGAAGAAGAAGAGGCAUUGGGAAAUGAGAAUGAUUUUCCUAACAAGAGUGAAUUGAAGGAAAGUUCUGAACUCAGGAAACCUCUCCACACUAGAAAACGAGUACGUGCUUUUAGCGAAGAUCAGGAAAUUAUGAUCAAAACUUUGUUUGAGCAGUUUAAGGAUCACAAGAGGUGCAGUCACAUGAUUGCAAAUGCCCUGGAUGCUGAUGGCACAUUCACAGCAGCACAAAUAUCACGCAAACUUAGGCAGCUUGGCCUUCGUGUUCCUCGGAAGAGAAAAUCUGAAGUCAACAUGCAUUUAAGAGAUGAAGAUGUUAUCAACUCAUCUGCAGAAAAAGGAGAAGAAUCUGAUGAUGAGACACUAUUAUCUCUGAUAAAAAGAAGCAAAAGAAAAAAGAAUGGAAGAGAUAUUGAGGAUGCAACUGACAAGUCAAUUGAAGGAAAUUUGUCAGGGGACAAUUCUGGCGGUGAACUUCCAGGGUCUUGUUUGGGGGAUGGACACGAACGUGGCAUUCAUGUUACCGAAUUUGAUGAUGCUAGUCUCAACCAUGCCGCCCAUGGAGAAGCUGAACAACCAAGCAGCGUCAACAAUGUAAAGCAAGAAGCAUCAAAUGAUAUCCCACCCGAGGAUUUACAGGAUCAGUUGAUGUAUCUUGAGGAUGAUAUGUCGAAUGAUGCGACUCCUGUUGCAUCUCACCAAGUGGCCAUACCAAGGAGAAAGCUGAGGGUGAUUGAUUUUGAGGAUGAUGAAUAGAGAGCUGUAUCAAUGGCUGGUGUUUUGCCAUGUCUGUAUAUUUUAUUUUGGCUUAGAAAAACGAACAAAUAGUGUGCAGAUCUAACUGUUUGCAAUUUUGGCUGAAGGUGCCGGAAAAAAAAAGUUCCCGCGACGGAGCCAGCUUGUAUUGUGGAACGAUGCCAGUUCAUUUCGGCUACUGGUCCUAUUGGCGCCCUAAUUUC